AGACGAAGAUAUCCGCAAGGUACAAACUACGUAAGCCGAGUUCUCGCGUUAAAAUUCACCUUGUCGAUAACUGGUAUCAGGCUCUGGAGCAUCAUGGUGGACCAAUCGCCCAAAGAGAUGAUCCUGUGCAUCGAGGAUAUCAAAUCCGCAGCGGGGCAGAAGUUACCCGCAUCAUCCAGAGAUUUCUACAAUGCAGGCUCGACGGACCAAGUCACCGUAACAGAGAAUUCCACGGCCUACGGGAAGUACCGCCUGCGUCCGCGGGUAUUGGUCGACGUCUCGAACACAGAUACUAGCACCACCGUGUUCGGACAAAAGAUCAACUUUCCGCUAUGUGUAGCGCCGGCGGGCAUCCAGGCAAUGGCACACCCGGACGGCGAACUGGCAACAAGUCGCGCGUGUGCUAAACAACAGGUCCACAUGGGGGUUUCGUCGUUCGCAAAUUAUUCUGUGGAGGAGAUCCGGGCGGCUGGGCUCGACAUUGGACCGAUACAGCACACCAUGCAGAUAUAUACCAUGCAAGAUCGAGCACAUCAGGAGCGCAUUAUCAGACGUGCCGAAGCGGCGGGUUGCGUCGCGAUCUUCCUGACGGCGGACAGUCCGAUUCUUGGCGUCCGGUACAGUGAGCAUCGGAAUGAUUUCCGAGCUCCUGAAGGUCUAGACUUUCCCAUGCUAGAGAAGACGUCGGAAAUGAUUCGAGCUGAGAGACACGAAGAUGGGUUCGCGGGAGUCAAUUCAAGCUCACAUUCAUGGGCCCGAGAAAUCCCCUGGCUUAGAAGUGUGACAAAAAUGCAGAUCUGGAUCAAGGGUGUGCUAACGGCGGAGGACGUGGAGCUUGCCAUCCAGUACGGUUGUGAAGGAGUGGUCGUUAGUAACCAUGGUGGCAGACAGCUUGAUGGCACCGCGGCCACGAUUGACGCCCUUCCGGAGUGUGCUAAAGCUGCGAAGGGUAAGAUUCGAGUACACAUCGAUGGGGGUAUCCGGAACGGAACGGACAUUUUCAAAGCCCUGGCGCUUGGCGCGGAAUGCUGCUGGAUUGGGCGGCCGAUCAUCUGGGGUCUUGCAUAUGACGGAGAGGCGGGGGCUAGUAAAGUGUUGGAAAUUCUGUAUACGGAGUUCAAACGCUGCAUGCAGCUAACGGGCUGUCAAAGCAUAGCCGAUAUUUCUCCAGCUUCUUUGGGCGUGGUCAGAAGCGAUGGGCCAUUAGCCCGGUUGUGACCUUUUCCGCCAAUCCUCCUCUCGGUCAUUCGGUUCCCUUCUAGUUACUCUGCAAUUUUGGCACUGUUCCAUUAUUCUGUUGCAUAGAUACGGAGUCCUUGUGGCUAUGUUGAAGAUCGGUUAGGCAUGCGGAUAGAUCGCAAUUAAAAGGGGAACGAGAUGAGUAGACGGAUGCGGAAGUCCCGAGCUAGAAAGAGUGAAAAAUAAUUCA